AUGAGCUCCAAUUCACACACUCCUAGAAGAAGUCUGCCGAGAUAUCAAAGUGUCAGACAAGUGCCAUCCAAAAAGCAGCCAAAGCAGUCAAAGCAGUCAUUCACCCAUCAAGACUUCAUGGCAUUCAUUGAACCAUUCUACGAACUUUUAAAAAAGAAAAAUUUUGAGGAGUUUAAAAAGAUGUCAGAAGUUAAAAAUUUUGAUUUUAAAAAAGAAAUAUACGCAAAAUGGUCGGGAUGUCUGAAUGAAAAGCUUUUAAGCUCAUAUCAGUUUGAUGAUAACGUUGAAAUUGAAGAUGUCCAAUUUGGCACAUCAUUAGAGCCCAUAAAACCAAUAGAGUCGCUUGAGUUCGUACCUCCAUUUUAUGAGAAAAACCGUAUUCUUGAAAGCUAUAGGACCUCGAUGUUUAAGGACGCAUUGAAAGAAUACAAACGCCAAGUUGAGAGAAACAAUAAACGCAGAUCUAUAAUACUGAAUGUUAUCCCCAAACGUGCCAGAUAUUCAGCAUAUUUUUACGCAUUUGAUCUGAUUAACAGCAAACUGGAAGAAUUACAAAAAAGAUUAAACGUGCUAAAGAAGAACAUUAAGCCCAAUGAGUUGGAGGCUGACAUGAUCAGAGAGUAUCUUGAUAGAAUUUAUGAAUUUUUCAAUGCUUUUGGAUUUCCAGAUCAGUUUGAUAGCGACGAGAUGAACUAUCCGGACAUAAUUGACGACAUGACUGAUGAAGAAAAAGACACUGAUCUACAGUAUUUUAAAUAG